AUGUCUGGCUUGGAUGCAAUCAUUAAUCGCAAAGCUCCUAGUCCAUGGGAGCUGUUCAAGACCAACCCUAGCCUUUAUCAGGCCUCAAGGCUAUAUAAUACUCUCAGCCAACAACUGCCACGUCCUUUGUCUUCUCCCGUCCGCACCAUAUGCAUGUCAGACACUCACAACGCCGACAUAUCUGCCCUGAUACCACCCGGUGAUAUCCUUAUUCACGCAGGUGAUCUUACUCAUUCUGGCACUCCCCAUGAGCUCCAGGUCACCUUUGACUGGCUAGUCUCCCUUCCACACGAACACAAAAUCGUCAUAGCCGAUCGUGGCAUAAUCUAUCUGGAGGACGAGGCUCACACUAUUCAAGUGCGCGGUCGCGCAUUCAAAAUCUUUGGCAGCCCGUUCACUCCACAGCACGGCAAUGGCGCCUUCCAAUACCCAUAUAUUCUCAUCACUCAUGGCCCUCCUCACAGUUAUCUCGAUCUCUCUGGACUUGGUUGCAGAGCCCUGCUUGCACGUAUACGGGAGCUCUGUAGGACACACCCGCCGGUGCUUCAUGUGUUCGGACACAUUCAUGGCGGUCGUGGAAUCGAGAAUAUGCCCUGGAACUCUGCUCAGUCAAUAUGGGAGGACAUCAUGCUCAAAAAAAGGGAUUGGUUUCGCACUAUGUAUUUGCUAUGGGCGAUGCUUUGGGGUGGCCGGGAUAAUAGUACAAGGACAGUUGCUGUCAAUGCAUCUGUUGUGGGAGGUCCGCGAGACCGCGAUAUCCGGCCUCCUGUCGUCAUUGAUAUAUAAGAAAUCUCGCGCAAACUCACCGACUAGUAACGUAUUCACACCGCUAGCUCUCGACCCACUUACAAGUUUAGGUCAACACGUCGUGCCCAUAUCCUUGUACUAUCAUGCACUUGUACUACAGGAAAGUGUGUGCUUGUCGCUAAACUGGCAGGUACGACCACGUACGCAAGAACAUGUGAGUAUCUUCUUACAAACCCAUAUCACACAAUCUGUUUUUUCUUUGCAAUUAUCCUCGCUGUCACGUAACUCACGUUGCUGCAUUUUUCUUUCUUUCUUGAUUUCAAUUUUUUGUCCGGUUGGGGUG